AUGGCCCUACACCUCCUCCAGACCAACCUAAACCACGCCCGCCGGGCCCAAGACCUGUACGUCCACAGCCUGGCGGAGCGUGGUUUCGGGUUGGGGAUCGCGGCGGAGCCAUAUCGCGUGCCCGUCGACCACCCACACUGGGCCGCCGACGGGCGUGGCUCCGUCGCGAUCACAUGGUGCCCCGCCGCGGGCUCCCCCCCUAUGACUCUGAUUGAGUCCGGGGGGGGGUUCGUGGCGGUCGCGUGGGGAGACGUCGCCGUGGUCGGCUGCUACGCGUCUCCGGCAAUGGGCCUCGCCGAAUUCGAGGAAUACCUGGAUCGGGUGGGGGAAUGCGUGAGUACGCGCCUUCUCCCCCGCCCAGUCCUGAUCGCGGGGGACUUCAACGCGAAGUCUUGCGUCUGGGGUUCCCCGCGGUCGGACGCCAGGGGCGAGGCCCUCGUCGAUUGGGCGGCGACUCUGGGCCUGUGCGUCCUGAACACAGGCUCGGAGAGCACCUGCGUGCGGUGGCAGGGGGAGUCAAUUGUUGACUUGACUCUGGCCAACCCUGCUGCUGCACGCAGAGUGUCGGGGUGGAGGGUGGAGUCGGGCCUGGAGACAUUGUCGGACCACGUCUACAUCUCCAUGGCCCUGGCUCCGCCCCCAGGGACGAACCCACCCCCUCGCCGCCCGGUCGGAGGCGGCCGACCACGGCGAUGGAAGAUUAAGGAAAUGUGCGGGGACACGCUGAUCGCUAGUCUCCUCGCGGCGACAUGGCCGGACAGAAGUCCGGCCGAAGACGUGGAGGAGGAGGCCUCCUGGCUUCGGGGCAUAGUCACGGACGCGUGCGACGCGUCGAUGCCCCGAGCCGGGAGGCCCCCAGGCCGGCGGGCCGCAUACUGGUGGUCGGGGGAGAUUGCCGAACUUCGGCGCUCCUCCGUCCGCGCCAGGAGGCGCUUUUUGCGCGCCCGCGGUCAGGGAUUGCCGCGAGGAUCGACAAUGCCUAUGGGGAGUACCGUACGGCGAGGUGCUCCCUUGGGCAAGCGAUCAGCCGGGCCAAGGACGGGGCCUGGGACGAUCUCCUCCGGAGUAUAA